AUGCUACAACCAUAUUCCGCCCGCGGACAGAUCCUCACUCUGCUCGCUCAAUACAAAAACCUCGGCGAGCAGAGACGCGACACGCUGAAAAGAAUACGUCAAACCCGCACGAUGUACAUGAUCGCUUAUGACCACGUGGGAAAGGAGACCUGGGACGGAGGCUCUUGGAAAACAGACAAGGGCCUACGACUCCUAGCCCAAAACCUCAAACGCCUCACCGACCAGGAGGUCACUUUACGCGAGAGACUCACGGAGCUGGAGCGGGAUGCACUGGGUUGCUUCAUGCUGAUUGCAAAGAUCAUUCCCGAACUUCUUGAGCGCUGCCAGGGUACAAUGGCGGAGAUUCUACAGGGACGUAGGGAAGGUUUUAGCUUUGAAAUUUGA